CCCUACGUCUCAGUAAAUAACUACUAGUCCUCCUCGUAGGUGGUUAUCGUGAUCAGAACGCUGGUUUCACUGGGGCAGUGACUCAGAUAUAUUUGUUAGCUAUACCCAAGUUUUGUAUGCGCCCGCGCUGCGUACAAAGAACCAACCCCACGUCAACAUCACAUUUCGAGCUUUACCAACCCACCGAUCCUCAUUAUCAACAGCGUCUCCACUCACCGAGGGCACUGGAGCUUCUCUCCUCAUUCUUUUUCUCGCUGUCAUAGUCCUUAAACACCUUUUCCCUCUCUUGUCAUCACUUCUACCUACACGCUCUCAACGAGCUAUUGCCAACAGCUGCCUCUGCCAGCAGCUGGGCUAUAUAACCCAAGCUCCAUCAUGGCGACCAACGAGUCAGCAAUUGCCGACCAUGACGAAGGUCACACUCACCUUGAGCACUCGGUCCAUCAGCGGCUGAGGGCCAACUCUACCAUCAUGCAGCUCAAGAAGAUCCUCGUCGCCAACCGAGGUGAAAUCCCUAUCCGAAUCUUCCGUACCGCUCACGAACUUUCCCUCCAAACCGUCGCAGUCUUCAGCUAUGAGGACAGGCUGGGCAUGCAUAGACAAAAGGCGGACGAAGCAUACAUGAUUGGAAAACGUGGUCAAUAUACCCCUGUCGCUGCCUAUCUGGCCGGAGACGAGAUCAUCAAGAUCGCUUUGGCCCAUGGCGUGCAAAUGAUCCAUCCUGGCUAUGGUUUCUUGUCCGAGAACUCAGAGUUUGCUCGCAAGGUUGAGGAGGCUGGUAUCAUCUUUGUUGGACCUUCCUAUCAAGUCAUUGAGGCGCUUGGAGACAAGGUUUCUGCCAGACGACUGGCAAUGAAAUGCGACGUCCCCUGCGUUCCUGGUACCGAGGGCCCAGUCGAGAGGUAUGAGGAGGUCAAGGACUUCACUGACCAAUAUGGCUUCCCUAUCAUCAUCAAGGCUGCCUUUGGUGGUGGUGGUCGUGGUAUGAGAGUGGUCCGUGACCAGGAGAGCUUGAAAGACAACUUUGAGAGAGCUACAUCCGAGGCCAAAUCGGCCUUUGGCAACGGCACAGUCUUCGUGGAGCGGUUCCUGGACAAGCCCAAGCACAUUGAAGUUCAGCUGUUAGGUGACAACCAUGGAAACGUGGUCCAUCUGUAUGAGCGAGACUGCAGUGUCCAACGACGACAUCAGAAAGUGGUCGAAAUCGCUCCAGCAAAGGAUCUGCCUUCUGAAACCCGAGAUGCCAUUCUCAACGAUGCUGUCAAGCUCGCAAAAUCGGUCAACUACCGCAAUGCUGGUACCGCCGAAUUCUUGGUCGACCAGCAGAACCGAUACUACUUCAUUGAAAUCAACCCUCGAAUCCAGGUCGAGCAUACAAUCACCGAGGAAAUCACCGGCAUCGAUAUCGUUGCGGCCCAAAUCCAGAUUGCCGCAGGUGCUACCCUCGAGCAACUAGGCUUGACCCAAGAUCGCAUCUCUACUCGUGGUUUCGCCAUUCAGUGUCGUAUCACCACCGAGGACCCGGCCCACGGUUUCUCGCCAGACACGGGCAAGAUCGAAGUCUACCGAUCAGCCGGUGGUAACGGUGUGCGUCUUGACGGUGGUAAUGGUUUCGCAGGUGCUAUCAUCACUCCGCAUUACGAUUCCAUGUUGGUCAAGUGCACGUGCCAUGGCUCAACCUACGAGAUCGUGCGUCGUAAGGUCUUGCGAGCUCUGGUUGAGUUCCGCAUCCGUGGUGUCAAGACCAACAUUCCAUUCUUGGCUUCCCUUCUGACACAUCCUGUCUUCAUUGACGGCACAUGCUGGACGACGUUCAUCGAUGACACUCCGGAGUUGUUUAAGCUGGUCAGCAGUCAGAAUCGUGCCCAGAAGUUGCUCCAAUACCUUGGAGAUCUCGCUGUCAAUGGUAGCAGCAUCAAAGGACAGAUCGGCGAGUCCAAAUUCAAGGGUGACAUAAUUAUGCCUACAAUGCUCGAUGACAACCACAAGCCCCUCGAUAUCAGCACCCCAUGCACCAAGGGGUGGAAGAACAUUAUUGACAAGGAGGGUCCAGAUGCAUUUGCCAAAGCUGUGCGAGCCAACAAGGGCUGUCUCCUCAUGGACACGACUUGGCGUGAUGCGCAUCAGUCUCUCUUGGCCACUCGUGUACGAACCGUUGAUUUGUGCAACAUCGCCAAAGAGACCAGCUAUGCUCUGAGCAACGCUUUCGCCUUGGAAUGCUGGGGUGGAGCUACCUUUGAUGUUGCUAUGCGCUUCUUAUAUGAGGAUCCUUGGGACAGACUUCGGAAGAUGAGGAAGCUUGUUCCAAACAUUCCGUUCCAAAUGUUGCUGCGAGGUGCCAAUGGUGUGGCGUACAAGUCUCUUCCGGACAAUGCCAUCUACCAUUUCUGCAAGCAAGCCAAGAAGGCCGGCAUGGAUAUUUUCCGAGUUUUCGACGCUCUCAAUGACGUUGACCAGCUGGAGGUCGGCAUGAGAGCCGUCCAGGAGGCAGGCGGUGUCGUUGAGGGAACCGUCUGCUACAGUGGCGACAUGUUGAACCCCAAGAAGAAGUACAACUUGGAGUACUACAUGGAUGUGGUGGACAAGAUUGUCAAGAUUGGUACCCACACUCUCGGUAUCAAAGACAUGGCAGGUGUCCUAAAGCCCAAGGCUGCUCGCAUGUUGGUCGGUGCCAUCCGCAAGAAGUACCCUGAUCUUCCAAUUCACGUGCAUACUCAUGACAGUGCUGGGACAGCCGUUGCGUCGAUGGUUGCUUGCGCCGAAGCCGGUGCCGAUGCCGUUGAUGCCGCCUCUGACAGCAUGUCUGGCAUGACAUCUCAACCCAGCAUUGGUGCUAUCCUUGCUUCCCUCGAGGGUGGCGAGUUCGAUCCAGGCUUGAAUGGUCACAAUGUCCGCGCUCUUGACCAGUACUGGUCGCAACUCCGAUUGCUUUAUUCACCAUUUGAGGCUGGUUUGACCGGUCCGGAUCCCGAGGUCUACGAGCAUGAAAUUCCUGGAGGACAGCUCACCAAUCUGAUCUUCCAAGCAUCUCAACUCGGUCUUGGAGCUCAGUGGCUCGAAACCAAAAAGGCGUACGAAGAAGCCAACGACCUCCUGGGCGAUAUCGUCAAAGUCACUCCCACUUCAAAGGUGGUGGGUGACCUGGCUCAAUUCAUGGUGUCCAACAAGUUGAACGAGGAGGACGUCAAGGCUAAGGCCAAGGAGCUGGACUUCCCCGAGUCGGUUCUGGAAUUCCUCGAAGGCUUCAUGGGUCAACCUUACGGCGGCUUCCCUGAACCACUCCGGACCGAUGCCUUGAGAGGACGCAGAAAGAUGGACAAGCGACCAGGCUUGUAUCUCGACGCUGUCGAUUUCCCCAAGAUCAAACAAGAACUCAAGGAGAAGUACGGAAAUGUCUCAGAGACCGAUAUUGCCUCAUAUGUUAUGUAUCCUAAGGUUUAUGAGGAUUACCGCAAAUUUGUGGACAAAUACGGUGACCUGUCUGUUCUGCCGACCAAGUACUUCUUGAACAAGCCCCAGAUCGGCGAGGAGUUCUAUGUGGAAUUGGAGAAGGGCAAGGUGCUGAUCUUGAAGCUGCUAGCCGUCGGUCCUCUCUCGGAAACCACUGGACAACGCGAGGUCUUCUAUGAGGUUAAUGGUGAAGUUCGCCAAGUAACCAUUGACGAUACCAAGGCUGCCGUCGAGAACACCAGUCGACCCAAGGCGGAUCCCAGCGACAGCAGUCAAGUUGGUGCACCCAUGGCAGGUGUAGUUGUCGAAGUCCGAGCCAAGGAAGGACAUGAAGUCAAGAAGGGAGACCCAGUUGCUGUGUUGAGUGCCAUGAAGAUGGAGAUGGUCAUCAGUGCGCCUCAUUCUGGAAAAGUGGGAGAACUCUUUGUCAAGGAAGGAGAUUCUGUUGCUGGGUCAGAUUUGGUCUGCAAGAUUGCCAAAGCAUGAAACGUGAGGUAUUGAUGAUAGGGAGUCGGUAUCAACUGGGUAUAUCAGGUACAAUCCAGCUACAGGUCAUGCUGAGCUGAAGGCUAGGUACGUAUAUUAUUAUGUUUGACCAGGAU